GGCGGGAAACCUAGGCUCCCGGCUCGCGUUGGGAGGGGCGAGGUCGGGUCUCACUCUCGCGAGAGCGCUCGGCCAAGGGGCCCUGCGCGGUGGCUCUCGCGAGAGGCGCAGGCGGCCGGACCCAACAUGGCGGACGAGGAGGUGGCCAAGUUGGAGAAGCACUUAAUGCUUCUCCGCCAGGAGUAUGUAAAGCUGCAGAAGAAGCUAGCUGAUACAGAGAGGAGAUAUACUCUGUUGGCUGCCCAGUCUAACAAAGAGAAUGCAAGUGACUCUUUCAUCAGUCGACUUCUCACCAUUGUAGCUGAGCUUUAUGAACAGGAGCAGUAUAGUGAUCUGAAGAUAAAGGUUGGGGACAAGCACAUCAGAGCUCACAAAUUUGUGUUGGCAGCCCGCAGUGAGACUUGGAGUCUAGCCAACCUAACAUCAACUGAGGAACUGGAUCUGUCAGAUGCAGAACCUGAGGUGACCAUGGCAAUGCUGCGUUGGAUCUACACAGAUGAGCUAGAACUGAGAGAAGAUGAUGUAUUCUUGACAGAACUGAUGAAAUUAGCUAAUCGGUUUCAACUACAACUCCUCAGGGAAAGGUGUGAAAAAGGAGUCAUGUCACUAGUAAAUGUCAGGAACUGCAUUCGUUUCUAUCAGACUGCGGAGGAGCUAAAUGCUAGCACUUUAUUGAACUACUGUGCUGAAAUAAUAGCUAGUCACUGGGAUGACUUGCGGAAAGAAGACUUCAGCAGUAUGAGUGCUCAGCUAUUGUAUAAAAUGUUCAAAUCCAAGACUGAAUAUCCUUUGCAUAAAGCUAUUAAAGUGGAGAGAGAAGAUGUUGUUUUCCUGUAUCUUAUUGAAAUGGAUUCACAGCUGCCAGGGAAGCUCAAUGAACUGGAUCACAAUGGAGACCUUGCUUUAGAUUUAGCCCUCUCCCGAAGAUUGGAAAGUAUUGCAACAACACUGGUCAAUUACAAAGCUGAUGUGGAUAUGGUGGACAAGAAAGGCUGGAGUCUGUUACACAAAGCCAUCCAAAGAGGAGAUAAGUUUUCUGCCAAUUUUCUCAUUAAAAAUGGUGCCCGUGUGAAUGCUGCUACACUGGGAGACCAGGAGACUCCUCUACACCUUGUUGCAUCAUACAGCCCCAGGAAGCACUUGCCAGAUGUGAUGUCAGAGAUGGCACAGAUUGCAGAGUCCCUCUUGCAGGCUGGAGCCAAUCCAAACAUGCAAGACUGCAAAGGAAGGACCCCAUUACAUGCAUCAAUUGUUGUUAGGAAUGAACUUGUAUUCAGUCAGCUUCUCCAGUGCAAACAAUUAGACUUAGAGUUGAAGGAUCAUGAGGGAAGCACAGCUCUAUGGCUUGCAGUUCAGUAUAUCAAAGUGUCUUCUGACCUGUCCAUAAACCCUUUUGACGAUGUCCCUGUUGUAAAUGGAACCUCCUUUGAUGACAAUAGCUUUGCAGCAAGACUAAUCCAGCGAGGCAGCAAUACAGAUGCACCUGACACAGUAACAGGAAACUGCUUAUUGCAGAGAGCAGCUGGAGCUGGAAAUGAGGCAGCUGCUCUCUUCCUGGCAACCCAUGGGGCAAAAGUGAACCAUAGAAACAAAUGGGGAGAAACUCCAUUGCAUACAUCUUGUCGGCAUGGCCUAUCAAACCUUACGGCAGAGCUUCUGCAACAAGGAGCCAACCCUAAUAUCCAGACUGAAGAAGCAGUGCCUAGUCAGAAGGAUGCAUCCUCACCACCUGCAUCAGAGAAUGUGUAUCUGCAAACUCCCCUUCAUAUGGCUAUAGCAUAUAACCAUCCUGAUGUGGUAUCAGUCAUACUGGAGCAAAAAGCUAAUGCCCUUCAUGCUACCAACAACUUGCAAAUCAUUCCUGACUUCAGUCUCAAGGACUCCAGAGACCAGACCGUAUUGGGACUAGCAUUAUGGACCGGCAUGCACACCAUAGCAGCUCAGCUACUUGGGUCUGGUGCAUCCAUCAAUGACACAAUGUCAGAUGGACAGACUCUGUUACAUAUGGCAAUACAGAGACAGGAUAGCAAGAGUGCUCUCUUCUUGCUGGAACAUCAAGCAGAUAUAAAUGUCAGAACUCAGGAUGGAGAGACUGCUCUUCAGCUAGCUAUAAAAAACCAGCUUCCUCUUGUGGUUGAUGCUAUUUGUACCAGAGGGGCAGACAUGUCCGUGCCAGAUGAGAAAGGGAAUCCUCCCCUAUGGCUUGCCCUGGAAAAUAAUUUGGAAGAUAUUGCAUCGACUCUGGUAAGACAUGGCUGUGAUGCAACUUGCUGGGGUCCAGGACCAGGUGGAUGCUUACAGACACUUCUGCACAGAUCUAUUGAUGAAAACAGUGAACAAAUAGCAUGCUUCCUUAUUCGCAGUGGUUGUGAUGUAAAUAGUCCUAGACAGCCAGGUGCUAAUGGAGAAGGAGAAGAGGAAGCUCGUGAUGGACAGACACCUCUGCAUUUGGCAGCUUGCUGGGGGCUGGAAGAGGCAGUACAGUGCCUUCUGGAGUUUGGUGCCAAUGUAAAUGCACAGGAUGCAGAGGGAAGAACUCCAAUCCAUGUUGCCAUUAGCAACCAGCAUAAUGUCAUCAUUCAGCUGAUGAUUUCACAUCCAGAAAUCAGAUUGAAUAUGCGUGACCGGCAGGGCAUGACUCCAUUUGCAUGUGCUAUGACCUACAAGAAUAACAAAGCAGCAGAGGCAAUCCUGAAGCGGGAGGCAGGAGCUGCUGAGCAGGUGGAUAACAAAGGUCGGAACUUCCUCCACAUAGCUGUUCAGAACUCUGAUAUCGAGAGUGUGCUCUUCCUGAUCAGCGUCCAAGCUAAUGUGAAUUCUAGAGUCCAGGAUGCUUCUAAGCUAACACCUUUGCAUCUAGCUGUACAAGCGGGCUCAGAAAUUAUUGUGCGCAAUCUGCUUCUUGCAGGUGCGAAGGUGAAUGAGCUGACUAAGCACCGCCAGACUGCUCUCCACCUAGCUGCUCAGCAGGACCUGCCCACUAUUUGCUCUGUCCUUCUAGAGAAUGGAGUAGACUUCGCGGCUGUGGAUGAAAAUGGAAAUAACGCUCUUCAUCUGGCCGUGAUGCAUGGUCGUCUAAACAAUAUCCGUAUCCUGCUGACAGAAUGUAAUGUGGAUGCUGAAGCCUUUAAUCUUCGAGGUCAGUCACCAAUGCACAUUCUGGGACACUAUGGGAAAGAUAAUGCAGCAGCCAUCUGUGAGCUUUUCUUAGAAUGUAUGCCAGAAUAUCCUCUAGACAAACCUGAUGCUGAAGGAAACACAGUGCUUCUCUUGGCCUAUAUGAAGGGAAAUGCUAACUUGUGCCGUGCUAUAGUGAGAGCUGGGGCUCGUCUUGGGGUUAACAAUAACCAAGGAGUCAAUAUCUUCAACUACCAAGUUGCUACAAAACAGCUUCUCUUUAGACUCUUGGAUAUGCUGUCAAAAGAACCUCCCUGGUGUGAUGGCUCCAACUGUUAUGAAUGCACUGCCAAGUUUGGAGUCACAACAAGGAAGCAUCAUUGCCGCCACUGUGGACGUCUGCUCUGCCAUAGAUGCUCAACAAAGGAGAUUCCCAUCAUAAAGUUUGACUUAAACAAGCCUGUUAGAGUUUGCAACAUCUGCUUUGACGUCUUGACUCUGGGAGGAGUCUCCUAGUAUGUUGUAGGAGUAGGGGGAUUUUCGGUCAGUGCUCUUCAGACAGCAACUCUACUAGCAAGCCCUGGACGCAGGAAAGGGGAGGCCUAUACAUGUCUUCCUUUGGCAAUAGACUGAACUAAUUAAGGACCAUGUUAUGAUAUAUUCCAGUAUAAAUGAUUUUGUAUGACUAUAAAUGUGUUGGGCUGUGAUAGACUUCACUGGUAAACGAAUUGGAGUGAUAAACCUGAAUUGAGUUAGACCCUCCUAGUUGCCACAGGCAUGGAAAUUAAAAUUGCAUUAGCCUGGUGUCCUGUAUGGAUCAAAAUAACAGGUCUGUGCUUGCCCUGGUGUAUUGCAUUGAGCUACUCUAAAGUCGCCAUUUUCAGGCUAUUUAAUAAGAGGUGGCACUAAGUUUCAAGGGUAAAUAGUAACUUUGCGUUGUCUUCAAAGAUAAGUGUUCCCUUUCUCCAUAGAAGGCUCUUUUUAUAAAACUGGACUGUGCUGUGACAGCCAUGACCCACUUUGAGUUAAAUCUUUAAACAGGGUUUAAAGGGGCAUAGCUGAAGAAUCGUGGCCUUACAAGAGAGAGCUUUACAAUAUCUCUGAUUAUAAAGGACUCAGAAUUGCAGUUCCACAUAUUGAUACCUCCUUAGUAAAUGUCCCAUUAGCUCCAGCAUGUUAAGAGGAUUUGCAGGCUCCUUUUAAUUGGCAGACGUUCUUCAUGACUGCUAGAAUUGAUGAAGUCCACUUUUUCUGUUGUACUAUUUGCAUCAGUGGUCUUUCUGGCUUUAAAACAAUUCUUGUCACUUAAGUGCUCCAAGAACAGACCUAAGCUUACACUAAUUGAAGAAGAAACACUAAAGGAAAACAGAUUGGGUAGUUGUACAAAGGAAUACUGUGCUGGAGCUGCAGUUAUGAAUCCUACAAGACUCUAGUUACUAGUGGCAUUUUUCUUGGAUCUAAAGACUAUGGUUUAAUCAGUGCACAAUGGAACCAGCAAGUCCACUAAUACAAAACAUGCUGCUUCUGCACUUCUAGACUGUCAGAACAGGUCGCCAAAUCCAGCAAAAUGGCCAGUUGUUGGCAGUAUUUGGAGGUUCACUCUCAAAUGUUAGGCAGUUGGGAUUGCAGGAAGGAGUUCUGACUGCACUGUGACACGGCCUGAUGGCAAACCUUUGCACACUAACUGCAAUGGGUUUUUUCUGGCCUGGCUGUGGUCCCUCUUAAAUACGCUGAACCUAUGAAACAAUGGCACAGGUGUCCCUCCCCCCCUACCCCCCCCAAGUAGCCCGUAAAUCACUUAGCUGCUAGUAAGCACUUACUCUGGUGAACUGGCUAUUGUAUGAUAGGUAAAGGUGUCAGUCAGUUUAAUGUGUACUUAAUUAAAAUGUGUCUUGCCUUGUUAGUUUUUUAGCCCUGGGAGAUAAAUGUAGACCAGACUACAUGCAGCAUUCCCCAUCUCUGCUCCACGAACAAAGCAGUUGUGUAUAUAUUUUUUUAGUAUUCAUUAACCACUACUAUGUGACACAGUGCGUGCAAUAGGGGUGCAGAUAUUCAUAACUUCAGUUUCCCUGUCUUUGGGAAUAGUGACAUGUCCAGUAUCUCUUGCCUAUAUAUGUAAAAUGAGCUGAUAAACCAGAGUGCUACUUUUUUAUAUUUCUGUGAUUUAUAGGAUAUUUGCUUUAUGCUAGGCAAAAUUUGGGCUUGUGCAGUAAAAUAAAGACUUGACACCCAUCUAGUGCAUUUCAGAUGGAAUUUCAGAUAGUUCACUGCUCGGUCUUCCAACAUAUGUUGGUGCAAAAACUGGAACCCUGAACUUAGUAACACUAGAGUGAAAUAAUGGACCAACUUCAUUUUCAUUCUGUAUCAGUGCAAAUCAUGUUGGUUGUAAUGGCAGUAGCCCUCUUCUUUCAGUAAAGAACAAAUACUGCCACUUUCUUAAAAGGUGGUAUUCUUCUCUAAUAUAAAGUGUCUACAGUCAGUAUAUUUAACUUUGAAUAUCAACUUGCAGCAGACGUGUUCUGAGACACUUGAGAAGGAUGGCAUGAAUGAGUCUCAAAAGCACUUAAUUACAAAGCAUGACAGCUUAAAUGAUCAAAAGAAAUCCUGGACAAUCUAAGAAUACUCAUGUAUCACUUCUGAUCAUGUUUUAAAAUGUCUAACUCAUCAUGGGUUUGCACAAGUUAAAUUCCCAUUUACCGUGUUAAAAUUGCAAAUGGAUAAAGUAUCAGCUCAAAGAAAUGACUGUCUUGUCCGUUUUAUCUGGUUGACUAACCACAUCCAGUGAUCAGGUGCAACUUUUCACAUUUGCUUGCUGUCUUUCCCACUUAAAACCUGUCAAGAGGAGGAAAGAUGCAGCACUAGAAGAUAGGAGUGGUUAUUCCAGAGUCAUUUGCAUAGUGAUUCAUAAAUGGACUUUGUUAGGAAGUUGACAAGACUUGAUCUGUCUAGUGCUUUACAGCAAUUAGUCUCAAAAGGAUUAGAAUAUUUGACUUGUAGAAUUGAGUUUUGGCCCCUUACCAUUAUCAAUAUGCUUUUUUUUUUUUUUAAAGAAGUCCAGUAAGACCCAUCUGAUUUGCAGGUUUACUUCAAUUUGGGAAGACCUCUGAGAUGUGCUUGGCAGUCUUCAUAGUAGAUCCAGAGCAGGUUUAGUUUCUCAUACUAGCCUACUCUUGCAUGUUGCAAACUCACUUUCAAGGGGUGGAGUAGAAAUUAAUGAUGGCUUUAAAAAUGCAACACUCGUAAAUCCUACCUAGCACUUUUAAAGUACACCAGCAUUCAUUCUAAAACGGUCCUCUAUGCCUCACUGGAAUUUAAAGGCAAGUAUGAAUAUUAAUAGCCCUUCCAUGUACAACCUGAAAUGUGCAUCUGAGAUUGAAUUCAAAGUAACUACAUUCUUUUAACAGAAAUUUGACAAAUUUAAAGUGCCUUUACUGAGUUUUCUGGGCAACUUAAAUUAUUAAACAAAUUUGUAAACAUUGUUCUCUGCCAGAUUUAACCCCCUUCCCUCCUCCCCCACACACAAGUUGAGCUAUAGGCAGCCCAAACUCCCUAGUGUGCCCCCCCAUCUUUUACCUCAUAACUAAAGACCUAAUGUUUACAUUUCCCCCCCCCCCCCAGGGGUGUGAAGUUUACCACACCUCAGCUUCACUUCCUGUAAACACUAUCUACCUGGUGUGCAUUUUUUUUUCUUCACAGCCCUUUGUGUUAGGGUUGGUAGUCAUACUCUGUUAAAGGGCACAAAUCAAGUGAAAGCUCUUGAAGAUCUCUGGUGGUGGUCUGUACAUUUCUAACUUGGCAAACAAAUAAUGCACUUCUUCCUUUUUAUGUGGUAUAUUUAUGACUGUGACCAAAAAACUCUGCCACCCCUGCUGUCCUUGGAUACUCACAACUUAGAAAAUGUUAAUCAGUCUGCUUGCAGAUGUCAAGGGUUGGAUGAGUAUGAGACUGAACUCCCUUCUUGGCCCUACAUGCAGUUUUGUUAAGGUGGGGUUUCAGGCACUUAAGGCUGAAUGGGGAAAGUUUGUGGUGCUUGUUCUGUAGUGAAAGAGGAAUUCAGUCUCCAGCAUGGUCAAUCCAGCCCCUCACCCAAGCACAAAACUCAUUCUAAUUUAAAAUUAGAAAUUGAAGUAAAAGUCUUGGAGGGGGGGGGGAAUAACCUAUUUCACUCUAGUAAAUAUGAGAAUGUGUUUUGAAAUUACUGGUGUUAAAGGUACUAACAAAGCAUUACUAAUUAACUUGCUAAAAGUUUACAGAUGCCUUAAAGACUUCCUGUAUGGAGACCAGUGGCUUGUACAACUUCCUUGUCAUGUAGCAUAUAUAAGAUCAUCUGUAUAACAAAUGAACACAGGGAGUUUUUUGUAUACCAAGUGUUUAUAUUUUGAUUCCCCUCAACAGCAAUUUGCUGCAGACCUGGAUAUUGCAACAAAUUUACUGUUGCAUGUUUUACUGAAGUGUAAAAGUAAGACCAAACUAUAAUGUGCAACUUUGUCAUUCUUGCUGUUUAUGAAAUAGUCUUAGAACAAUGGCAUUUUCUGUUCAGUCCAUUCUAAAAAUGUAUUUUUGCAAUAUUCCUACUCUGUAAUGAGUCCUUGCAACAAACUGAGGAUAACUAGAUGAAAUACAUCAUGGGCUGUAAACUUUGAUACAAAAAUACAUCAUCUAUUGCACCAGUAAUGACAAAGUGCAUCAAGAGAAGUCUUAUACCCUUAGUCAGUUCCAAGCAAGAAGGAAAAUGUUUACCAGUAAACCCUGGGAGUAAGAUUUAAUUAUAUUUCAACUUACCUUUUGUUUUGUAAAUGAUUAUCUUAACCAAAUAGUGAUUUAUUCCAGACAUCAUGUAUUGUAAAAUUCUUGUAUAAUUGCUUAACUAGCAUUAUUUGGCAGACUGACUCUUACUCUGCUGUACUCCUAAUUGACAUUAAAUUAUGCACUCAUCAAACCCCUUUCAAUAGACUUGGCUGCAGUCAUUCCUGUGUAGUCCUGAUUUCCUGUACUGCCCAGGUCUGGACCUUCAAUCAACUAGUUCGGUUCAUAGUUUUUCCCAAACCAGUUUUUAACUUCAGAUGCAUUAAAUGUAAUACUGAGUUGGAAGUUAAUUGAAAGAAAAUAAGCAAAACCAUGAGUGCAAAAGCCUGUUACACUUGGCAGAUGCCUCUUGUCAUUUAAUCCAUGCAGCUUUACUUCAAAAAGGGAAGCUCCAGAGUAACUGAAACCAGCCAAAAGCAUUUUGCUAGGAUUGUUUGAGAUGCAUAUGUUUUAACAAUAAAUAUUUGCUAAAAAUCA